CUUUUUCUACUUUUCCCUCGUUUCCUUCACUCACGCUCAUACUAACGCCCACGCCCACGCCCACACUUACACUCACACUCACACUCACAAACGAGUUGGUGCGGCCUUCCAUUAACCCCCCAGUGAUCUUAGUGAUCGGAAAGCCCAUAAUCCGCUUUUAAAUAAUUCACCUUCCCCCCCCUUCCCCCAAAACCUAAACAAACCCCAAACAUAAUCCCUCAAAAUUUACUUCCCUCUCAUACUUCUCAGGCUUGAAAUAUCAGCAACGACAGCCUACAAUCCAAAAACAUACACAACCUCUUUCAAUAACAUACAUACAUACAUACCUACUCACUCACUCACUCACUCACUCACUCACUCACUCCCUCACAUAACAUAUUAAUCAGAAAAUAAUUAAAAAAUGCCUCGUCCAAAGAAGACGGAAGAAAAACCAAAGGAAGUUCCAGCUGGUGAUGGAGCAACUUUACAAAUCGAUGUUGCAAGCUUUGUGAGAACUAGAGAUACUUUCAUCGGUGGUCUCGCGACUUUACAAGAAGCUAUCUCCAGUGUUUCCUCCGCCUACAUCAAACAUACCAAUGCUGUCCUUGGCGAACAUGGCACCGGCUAUACCAUCGACACAGCUCUAUCCAAGCUCGGCGAUAAUCCUCUCCUCGAAACUUUGGGUGCCCUUCAACGCGCUGCAAGUCCCAUCAUAGCUAAAGCUGUGGAUACUGCUCCAGAGAAGAAGGAAAGAAAAAAGAGACAACACGAUCCAAAUGCGCCAAAGCGUCCUCUGACUCCAUUCUUCCUCUACAUGCAAACCGCUCGUCCGAUUAUCGCAAAAGACCUUGGUGAUGUUCCCAAGGGAGAAGUUUCAAGUGAAGGUACAAAGAGAUGGACUGAUAUGGCGCCUAAGGAUAAAGCUCUUUGGCAAGAUGCCUACAAGGAUAACCUCCGUCUCUACAAUGCGCGCAUGCACUCCUAUCGCAGAGGUAACCUUACAGCCAAGGAAAUGGGUGAUGAUGCUGCCGCAGCAUACGCCGAUGAGAACAACAUUGGAGCAGAUGCUUCUGCCGAUGCUCAACUCGUAGGAGAAGCUACCGCCGGAGUUACAGCUACAGUCGAGGAAGAAGAAGAAGAUGCCGAGGGUGAACCUGAAGCCGAAGCCGAAGUUGAGAAAUCACCAACUCCAGCUCCCAAGACCCCAAAAGCCAAGGGACGUAAAUCAAAAGGCAAAGCCGAUGUCGCUGAAGAAAUCCCCGUUCCAUCAUCUGCUUCUAUCGUCCCCCCUCAAAAAGAGGCGAGUCCAGCUAGAAAGCGUAAGCGCUCUGGCAAGAAGGCUGAUGAGCCAGUUGUUGCUACUACUGAGCCAGAAGAAGCACCGGCAACAGUUGAAACACCUAAAUCAGCACCAAAGUCUAGAAAGAAGAAGGCUAAGACUGAUGCAUAGAUUAAGACGAUGGAAUAAAGACAAUCAAUCAUGAUAACAAAUAUUAAGAUCUUUUUCUUUUUGUAGUUAAAGAUUCUAGCUACUCAGGCGUGGCGUUAGCAUUUGAUUUCUUUCUUUGCAAUUGUGUUUAGGGAGGUCUUUUUAACAUAACAUGCAAUUGUCGCUUUGGUUUUCUCUCGCUGUUUCUUUUUCUUCUUCCUUUUCCUUUUCCUUUUCAUACACUUUUUGUCGUAGUCGAAUGGUUGAUGGAUAUGGAUAUGGACAUGGAUAUGGAUGAUUUGCGUGAAUUCUGUUUACUUUGAUUUGAUCAAUGGACAUGGAUGGAUGAACCGAUGGGGUUAUCGCACUUUAGCUGGUACAAGGUACAAAAUGGGUGGAUUGGUUGAUUGAUUGAUUGGUUGAAAGGUAUACCUUUACCUUUUGCUUGCUGUGAGAGAAGCAGGAGGAUCAAUUGAAUUACUUUCUUGAGCUGUGAGUGAGUGAAUUAUGAGGUUUUGUGUGAAUGGAAACAAGAUGGGAUGGUAAAGCAGGGAGGGGAAGAGAAGAUGAGAGGGCAAGGCAAUGGGAAUGGGAAUAGGUUAUGCAUUAGGUAGGUAGGUAGUUAGCUUUCUAACUUUCUAUCUAUCUAUCUGUGUUGCUAGUGGGGUGGGAUGGCAUGGCAUGGCAUGAAUAAAUGGCAACUUUGAUGUUAUACCUACUCUUCUUCUUCUUUUUCUGAUGAUGAUGAUGAAUGAAUGUUCUUGAUAUUAGUGAUAUUGUUGUUCUUGUGAGAUGUUGCUGUUUUUAUGUGAGGGGUGAGGUGUGAGGUAU